ACAGUUGAAACAACUUUGAGGAACUGUAGGAUUGCGCAGCCUAUUUGCCGUAUUUUAGGAGAAAUAGCUAAACAUGCUCUUUAUCCUUUGAAGCUGGGCACAUUUGAAUUUAGUCUAAUACGUUAACACCGACGAUGAAUACUGUUGAAAAGGCUGCUUUACUUAGAAAUCGGGAUGCCAUUGUUCAAAAUGUUGACUUCACUUAUAUAAAAGAUAAACUUUUGGCUUAUGGAGUACUAAGUGUCCAAGAGGUGCAAGAUGUAGAUUGUGAGAAAACUAAAUCAGCCAAAGUGCGUAGAUUGUUGGAUAUUCUACCUGAAAUAGGGGUGAAAGAGACCUUUAUAACUUUUGUUAAAAUUUUGGAAGAAGACUAUGAUUGGAUAGCUGAAAGAUUAAGUGAGUGUAACAACCGGGACAGUCCAGAUGCGGCAAGUCACUUGAACAGUGAUCCAUUUGCUGCUCCGGACAGCUUGCAGCACUCACUAAUUCAAUGUGGGAUCCCAUUCCCGCCACCACAUCUCAUACCUCGUCACACAAAAGUUGCACAGAUCAGAGAAUGUCUUAAAGCAAUGACGCAAGGUCAAUUUGUGGUCAUUCAUGGUAUGGCAGGAGCUGGAAAAUCAGUUUUGGCUGCGGAAUCCAUGAGAGAUAUGGACCUAAUGAUUAAUACCUUUGGGAAUAAUGUCUACUGGUUGACAGUUGGCCAAACAGGCACAGAUACUUUACUUACCAAAAUGCAGGCAUUGUGCGAGAGACUUGACCACACCGUUCUACCUCCACUGAGCGUUGACCAAGCCACGGAACGUCUUCGCCGCCUUAUGACUGAUCCUAGUCGGAAAAACAGUUUGAUAAUACUGGACGAUGUUUGGAGAGGUGAAGUGGUCCGUGCCUUUGAUUUCGGAUGCCGGAUAUUGAUGACCACCCGAGAUGCUUCCGUGACAGACGUUGUUCACGGACGUGUAUUGCUGGUGAAAGUUCAAGACGGCUUCACUCAGGAGGAGUCCAUGUCUUAUUUGGCGAAUUGCUUUAAUAUCUCGGCACAGGAAUUGCCAGAACAGGCAAAUGAUAUUUAUUUGGAAAGCAAAGGUUCUCCAAUGGUGCUUUCGCUCCUAGCUCCGCUUUUAGCCGAUCGCGGAGAAUAUCAGCGUAUCGAUGCCCACAGAUGGGAUCACUACUUGGGAAAAUUACGCGACAGGAGAUAUACUCAAUUGAAGCGGCAUGGUUCCUACAACUACGAAACCAUUAAUGAAGCCAUUGCCAUAAGUUUUGAUCACCUUGAUCAGGAGACCAGGCGUUCGUUGAAUGAUUUUGUUAUUUUCUUAGACGAUGUCAACAUUCCAGCUCCGGUGCUGCAAGUUCUAUGGAAUUGUAGCCGCUAUGAGAUGGAAGAACGAAUUAGUCUUUUAGUGGCAAAUUCGCUGAUAGCCCAACACUUCCAGGAACAGUCAUCAAAUUGUGUUGUUUUGUACGGCAUUCACGAUCUUCUGUUGGACUACCUCAAAUCACAUCUGACCGCUGAAGAACAGCGUGACGCCCAUCGCAAGCUUAUUGAUUCAUAUUUCGCCGAGUGCAACCAUUAUUUCGGUGCCCUACCAGAUGAUAAUUAUUUUUUUUGGUUUUUGGGUUACCACUUGUAUAAAGCCGAGUAUACUGAGCUUUUUCCACACGUCUACCUCAACCUCUCUUUUAUAUCUGCCAAAUUGCGUGCUACUGGACCCAGUGAUCUGCUUAACGACUUCCGCAAGUACAAGGAUUACAUAUCUGAAACUAGUGGAAGAAACAGUCAACGAGUCGAAGACUAUACGCAUUUUAUUCGAACCUGUGGACACAUUGUGGUUCAAUGCCGUCAUUUAGAUAUCAUUCAACUUGCUCUUCAGCAGCCGAAGAACAGCUGCGUAUACAACGAUGCCCUAGAAAUAGCAAAAUUGUCCAAGGACAGAUUCUAUUUGGAAUGCCGCUCAGUCGGCAGCCAAACAAAAGAAAGCAUGGAUCAAGUUCUCCGUAGUACCAUACUAAAUUAUGGUCACGUCACCGCAGCUUGCUUUACGCAGGAUGGGCAACGUUUGCUCAGCGCAGUCGACGAUGGACAAAUUCGCAUGUGGGACGUUGAUUCAGGAAAGGAACUCCACCGUUUCGUGGGACAUAACGGCAGCAUUCACCAGCUGUCACUGAGCAGGGAUGCCAAACGUUUCGUCUCGUCGUCGGCUGACGGAUCGGUGAAGGUCUGGGAUCUCUCGGCUGUCAUCAGCAAACUGGACGGUACCCCACUUGACCAUCCAUCUUCACCACCCUUUCACCCUCCAUGCACAAUAGUCAUGGGUUCUCAUACAUUGGUUGCCGGUGAAAUUGAGCAUCGUCCCAACAAAACACCGUCGCCACGGAUGCGACAGGAUAGUUGGCACAACAUGUUCGAUGUCGGUGAUCGCCUCGUGAAUGAUAACAGUUUGAAGACCUAUACAGGACAUACAAACGAGGUUUUGGGAGCGAGAUUUUCUGAAAAUGGUGCACUAGUAGUUUCUUGCGGUCUAGAUAACACAGCGCGCAUAUGGCUCAGUACCGCGUGUAUGGAGCUCGGCGUAUUGGAUCAUCCCGAACCGGUCACCACGUGUUGCUUUUCAGACUGUGGGUUUUUUGUUGCCACAGGAUGCACUGAUUCAACCAUUCGUCUGUGGAACGGAAAUGUGUCUUUGUAUACGUGCGUGGCGUCCUUCCACACACAAAAUUCCAGCUCCAGAAUUCUGUUUAUUUCUUUCUUGUCAGAUACAUCAUUGCUCUCUGUUUCGGAUACGGAAAUUCUACGGUUUGACUGGACAUUAUCCUCAGACGAAGAGGGAGAGUCUGAUUCCUUUGGCUACGUCACCAACUCUCUUGCCAAUGCCAAUAGCAAUUGCUGUUAUAACUGCGCCACCGUAAGUGAUGACAGACAGCUCUUAGCUGUGUCAACGUCCAAAGAUAACAUACUUCUUUACAACAUCGAUUCAACUGAACAGAUCUUCGAAUAUGUUGGACAUACUGGAACUGUCAAUACUCUACAUUUCUCUCCCAGCACAAACAAUGAUGAGCCACCGAAAUGGUUGCUCUCUGGCUCUGCUGACAAAACUCUGAAAGUGUGGAAUGUCGCAGACGUUGAAAGAGUUGAAUGCUCUUUAUCGUGCACUGCCUUCCAUGCAGUGUGUCCUCCAGAUCAAUCAAGUGACUUUCUGAUUGCCACUGUUGGAUCGGAUAACCACAUUCAGGUUGUGAGUGGAUCGAGUUGUGAAACAUUGCUCACUACGAAUGAUGUAGAGUCGAGUAAGGAUCAAGUAGAAAUGUGCGUGUUAUCACACAGAGCUUCCAUGAUGGCCUGGUCCACUUUAAGUGGUUUAGUGAAGCUGAUGUCGCUUGACAAGAAAGAAGUUAAAACACUCGGGCAUCACUCCGACGCCAGAGUGACGUUGCUGAAAUUCAGUCCGUCUGAUAUUCUGCUUUUGACGGUCAGUUCUGAGGGCUGUAUUAAGAUCUGGAAACCGAAGAAUGAGACUUUUACUAUUACGGGUCCUCGAAAAGGCGUCACUGAUUGUUUUUUUAUCGAGUCUGACGAAAAAACACUUAUGGUGUGUGGAGCUGAUGGAAGCAUAAGACUGUGGAGCAUCGACAAUGGCCAUCCAAUCAGCCUAAUCUUGGACAAUGCUGGUUUGAACUUGACCUGCGUCGACCGUGCCUACAAUCGACAGUGGUUGGCCCAGGGAACCAUCACUGAAGGAGUUCGCAUCGUACACAUUCCUUUGGAUGCAGAGCCGCGCUCCAGUAAACCUGUAAAAAAUAACAAAGGUUUUCGGCAUCCAAAUCGGCUUGGACAUCAGCUUGUGCCAGUGCGAGUAUGUCGCUUCGCCAAUCAUGUUCAAUUAAUAGCGAUUGGCUACGACAACGGAAUAAUCGAAAUUUUUGAUUACCUGCGCAACACAUUACAAGCUACGCUGGAAGCGCAUCAGUCAUGGGUUCGUGAUCUGCAAUGGUGUCAAAACUCUCCGUUCUUCCAACUAGUGUCUUUGGGUGACCGCAUCGCGUGGUGGGACUUCAGUUCGUCUCGUUUUGGAACGUCUACCUCUAGUGUACGUAACCCGACGCACUCCAACAGGAGCAACCAUUUGGCUGGAGGUAUGGGCUUCCCUUUAACGCCCAUUACUCCGGGCUCCUCUUUCUCUUCCACGUCUUCCUUUUCUUCCUCACGUUUCAUUAGCACUGGCACCACGCAAUCAUCGCACUUCGAUGGCUUAGUUCAGACGGUGGAAUUUCAAACCAGAGGUCGCUACGCCUCCAAACUUUUCGUUUCGUGUGACGGCCGUGCUCUCGUCACCGUGUCCGACUCUGGUAUCCUAUACAUUCUCCAUCAACUAUCGCAACAUUGAAAUAACGCGCUCAAAAAACAAUCAAAGAAGUCACCCCAUUUUUCAUUAUAAAUCGUUUAUUGUUACAACUUUCAAACACGUAUCCAAUGAAUUCGAUUUUUCCGAUGUCGCGUUUUGUUUUUCGCAAAAUAAUUGAAUGGCACGAGACAGCAACGUUGUUCGCACAACGAAAAAAAAAUAGAGUAGAAAGAAGGACAGUUUAACAUAUUGGUACAUUGAAACUAACGAUUUUGGGGACGUUAACGCGUUCCCGCUGUGCAUCGUCGCUGCGAAAUCCCGAGAUUCCCGUUCACGUUGUCGUUGUGCAUUGUUGCCACUAGAUGACUCUUGAGACACUUUUUUUUUUUUUUUUUUCACCGCAGCAAUUUAAGCGAACCUAUAGUUUUUAAGAUCGAUGGAAGGAUUAAGAUUGCGAAGCGUUUUCUUAUCAAUACUCAAUCCAAAAUCUGAAAAAUUUUCUUCCCCCCAUGUCUGCCCAAUUUCAAUUCUGUUCAAAAUUAACAUUAAGGAUCUGAGUCGUAACUACGUGACUGUUCGGGAUCUUUCCAUUUGUGAUGACCAUUAUGGUUACAUUGUUUUCCCGAUCUUUGCCUCAAAAAUACUAGUUUUGUGUGAUAACUAUCUUACAUUCAUUCUUACUCAUUCCUAAAUGAUCUUAUAAUACAUCCGUUUUUUU